UGCAGUGAUAACCUGAGUGAUUUUACAUUUUUCUUCUUUUCAUCCUUUUUUUUUUUCUUCCCCCCUUCGCUUCACGCACAAGGAAGGCUCAUGUCUUUUUUAUAGACACGAUGAGCACCGUGCAUAUAAGGACUUUUCUUUUUCUGGUAGUCUCCGUGGCUCAAGUCUUGAUUGUUACAAGUCAAGAUGCGACCAGUGGAGACGACGCGAGCUGCACGGCGGACGGCCAGGUGUACACCAACAGGGACAUCUGGAAGCCCGAGCCGUGCCGGAUCUGCGUGUGUGACAACGGUCAGGUCCUCUGCGACGAGAUCCAGUGCGAUGAGCUGACCAACUGCGAGAAGAUGGUCAUCCCCGACGGCGAGUGCUGCCCGGUCUGCCAGUCUGACCCGGGGACCGGAGGAGGCGGGCAGGACAACUUUGGUGGUGGAGACAGGGUCUACAAGGGUCCGAAGGGAGAACCCGGAGAGGUCCCUCUUGUCACUGGCAUCAGAGGCCGCCCUGGACCCAUGGGGCCUCCAGGACAUCCAGGAGACAGAGGAUCCCGUGGAAACAAAGGAAGGCCUGGACUGCGAGGCACUCCGGGUUAUGAUGGAGAGCCUGGUAUACCAGGUCAGCCUGGUGAACCUGGACCUCCCGGACCUCAAACGCACCCAGGAGGCCUGGGGUCCCAGAUGGCCGGAGUGAUGGCAGGGAAAAACGGACCUCAAGCCAUGUUGAGUGGCUCAAGGGGAGAGGCUGGAGCAAGAGGACCUAUUGGGCCAAGUGGAUCACCUGGUCAAGCUGGACCCCAAGGACCUCAUGGAGAUGUCGGCGAUCCCGGGCACAUGGGUCCAAGUGGGCAAAGGGGACCGGAUGGCCCUCCAGGGAAACCAGGUGAAGAUGGAGAAGCAGGCAAGUCAGGAAAUAGUGGAGAAGCGGGAUUCCCUGGAUCACAGGGAGGCAGAGGAUUUCCAGGAACACCUGGGCCUCCUGGACUAAAGGGUCACAAAGGCCAUGGUGGAAUAAUUGGACAAAAAGGUGAAACUGGAGUGGUUGGAUCCAAGGGUGCUACAGGACCCUCUGGUCCAUUGGGAGCGCCUGGACCCAUGGGUCCUGCUGGGAUGCCGGGGGAGAGAGGACGCUCUGGACCUGGCGGUAUAGCAGGUAAACGUGGUACGCCUGGUAACCUCGGAAAGCCUGGUCCAAUGGGUCCAUUGGGUCUCAGUGGCCCUACUGGAUAUCCAGGAAACCCAGGAAUGAAGGGACAACCUGGCCCGACUGGAGUCCGAGGUCCAGAGGGCCAACAGGGACAGAGAGGAGAGACCGGCCAUCUGGGCCGAGCUGGACCGGUUGGCCUCAUGGGACCCAUGGGUACGGAUGGUGGCCCGGGUAGCAAAGGACCAGUGGGUAAUCUUGGUGUUCAAGGUCAAGGCGGCCAUGCUGGACCCCUUGGCCCACCAGGACCUCAGGGAAGCACUGGUCAACCUGGUAUCAAAGGACAACUGGGAGACAUUGGUGUCGGAGGAUUUAAAGGAGAGUCUGGACCCAAAGGAGAAUCUGGUCCAUCAGGCUCCCAGGGAGUGCUCGGACCUCAGGGUGAAGAAGGAAAGCGAGGACAACGUGGAGACUCCGGCACUCUCGGCCCUCUCGGCCCCGUUGGAGAGAGAGGAGCUCCUGGUAACAGGGGAUUCCCCGGUGCUGAUGGGUUGCCAGGACCAAAGGGUGCUCUAGGAGACCGUGGAACAUCUGGCCCACCGGGGCCCAAAGCUUCUGUAGGAGACCCAGGGCGUACAGGAGAACCUGGUCUUCCAGGUGCAAGGGGUCUCACUGGUACCCCUGGAGUCCAGGGAGCAGAGGGAAAGCCAGGACCAUUGGGAGCUGCAGGUGAAGAUGGUCGUCCAGGCCCCGCAGGGUCCAUUGGAAACAGGGGCCCAGCAGGAACCAUGGGAGGACCAGGCCCCAAGGGCUUCAAUGGUGACCCAGGAAAGACAGGUGAACAAGGAUCUGCAGGAGUGUUAGGUCAAAGAGGUCCUCCUGGAAAAGAUGGAGAAGUUGGCCCUGCUGGCCCCUCUGGCCCAUCUGGUGUCGCAGGAGAAAGAGGAGAGCAGGGACCUCCUGGUGUAAAUGGAUUCCAGGGUUUGCCUGGAAAUCAAGGCCCCCCUGGAGAAUCUGGAAAACCAGGUGACCAAGGUAUUCCCGGAGAGCUUGGUGUUGUGGGUCAAAUUGGACCGAGGGGAGAACGUGGUAUUCCUGGGGAGAGAGGAGAGCUGGGUACAACUGGUCUGCAGGGACCUAAGGGUAUCCCUGGUGCACCUGGUCCAGAUGGACCAAAGGGUAGUCCUGGUCCCACUGGGGCACUUGGUGACGCGGGUCCUCCAGGACUUCAGGGAAUGCCCGGAGAGAGGGGCAUCUCUGGCUCUCCAGGGCCUAAAGGUGACAGAGGAGCACUUGGUGAGAAAGGAUCAGAAGGUACAGCUGGAAAUGACGGUGCAAGAGGAGUCCCAGGUCCUGUUGGCCCGCUAGGACCUGCUGGAAUCAGUGGUGAGAAGGGAGAACCUGGACCCAAAGGACCACAUGGACCCCCAGGAUCCAGAGGAAUGCCAGGAUCAAGAGGUGACCCUGGCCCCAUUGGUGCUGUUGGAUUUGCUGGAACUCCUGGUCCUGAUGGCCAACCUGGAGUGAAGGGAGAGCCUGGAGAACCAGGCCAAAAAGGAGAUGCUGGAUCAUCAGGACCUCAAGGCUUGUCUGGUGCUCACGGACCUCCUGGGCCAACUGGUGUUGCUGGACUGAAAGGCGGAAGAGGAACACAGGGUGCACCAGGCCCCACUGGUUUUCCUGGAUCUGCAGGACGAGUCGGCCCACCAGGCCCAACUGGUCCACUUGGAGAACCCGGACCCCUUGGACCUCCAGGAAAAGAGGGUCCUCUUGGUCUGCGUGGAGACCACGGAUCCCCCGGAAGACAAGGAGAGCGAGGACCAGCAGGGCCAUCCGGCAGCCUAGGAGACAAAGGGGACUCUGGUGAAGAUGGACCCACGGGUCCCGAUGGUCCUCCAGGCCCAGAUGGAACUACAGGACAGAGAGGCAUUGUGGGUCUUCCUGGUCAGAGAGGAGAGCGCGGGAUGCUAGGCCUUCCAGGACCUGGGGGUCCCCCAGGAAAACAGGGAUCCACAGGAACAUCUGGAGAUAAAGGCCCUCCAGGUCGAGUUGGUGCCCCAGGUGCGAACGGACCUCGGGGUGAUCCUGGUCCUGAUGGUCCUGCAGGAUCUGAUGGCCCACCAGGCAAAGAUGGUGUUCUAGGACAAAGAGGAGACCGAGGAGAUUCUGGUCCAGAAGGUUUGAUUGGUUCCCAGGGACUUCCGGGCACCCCAGGCCCUGUCGGUGCAACGGGUGAUGCUGGAAGGAGAGGAAAUGCCGGCUCAAGAGGACCCGUUGGUCCACCUGGCUCGGCUGGAAAGAGAGGAUUAGGGGGACCCCAAGGACCAAGAGGGGAUAAGGGUGACCUGGGAGAUCAUGGAGAGAGAGGGCAGAAGGGACAUCGAGGCUUCACUGGUUUGCAGGGUCUUCCAGGACCUCCAGGUACAACAGGUGAGCAGGGAGCUCCAGGAAUCAUUGGACCAAGCGGAGCGAGGGGGCCUCCUGGACCUAUUGGGCCUCCUGGAAAGGAAGGGUACAUUGGACAGUCAGGACCGAUGGGACCUCCUGGAACCCGUGGAAUCAGUGGAGAAAUUGGACCAGAGGGCCCUCCUGGAGAGAGUGGACCCGCAGGCCCACCUGGUCCCCCAGGACCUCCCAUGGCCGCUAUGGAUGACCUCUUCGGCCAUCAGGAUUACGACUUCGGCGCCCCUCCUCCUCCUGAGUUCAACGAGGACGAGGCCAUGCCCAACAGCAACUCCUCCACCAUAGUGCCCGUGGACCCCGGUGUUCAGGCCACCCUGAAGGCCCUCAGCAGCCAGAUCAACAGCAUGAAGAGCCCCGACGGCAGCAGGAAACACCCAGCCAGGACCUGUGACGACCUGAAGAGAUGCUACCCCAUGAAGAAGAGUGGGGAGUACUGGGUGGAUCCAAACCAAGGCAGCGUGGAGGACGCCAUCAAAGUGCACUGCAACAUGGACACCGGAGAGACCUGCAUCUCCGCCAACCCUUCGAGCAUACCUCGCAAAGUGUGGUGGAGCUCUUCCAGGAACAAACCUGUUUGGUUCGGAGCCGACAUCAACCGCGGAACACAUUUCACUUAUGGCAACAAGGAACAGUCGGCCAACUCUGUCACAGUUCAGAUGACUUUCAUCCGCCUGCUCUCCAAAGAGGCAUCUCAGUCCAUCACCUACAACUGCAAGAACUCUGUGGGCUACAAGGACGAGAAGAUGGGCAACUUUAAGAAAGCCGUAAUCCUCAAGGGCUCCAACGACCUGGAGCUCAAAGCAGAGGGAAACAACCGCUUCAGAUACACAGUGGUGGAGGACUCCUGCACACAAGCAAAUGGCAACUGGGGCAAGACAGUGUUUGAGUACAGGACACAGAAAACUGCAAGACUUCCUAUUGUGGAUAUGGCCCCAGUGGACAUUGGCGGCCCGGACCAAGAGUUCGGCAUCGAUAUCGGGCCCGUGUGCUUCUUGUAAUAUCGUCAGCAGGGGAUGCGUCGAGGUGAAUCCUGAGACUAUUGAACUGACAGCUGACACGAUCAGCCACGUUGUACAUACGAGUACCGAGGACUAUUCUGGCCCUGUGGCAAGAUAUUUAUUGUGCCUUUCAACCCAGUUCAAGACAUCGAAGAUUUGUAAGUUACAAUGAAUGUUUGGAAUUUACUUAAAAAAAAAUUGUACAAAAUCUGAAUCGUUCCUCUUGUCUUCUUGUGCAUGUUUUGACUUCCAAGCGUUAUGAAUUUUCGAGGCUCACUGUGGUAUAGUUUGGUCCAAAGAUAUCACCCUUUUAAUUUUAUUGCACAAAACAUUAUUGCCAAAGAUUUAAAGCUCUAAAAUUGUAAUUUGAACUACUGUCUAUAAGCCCAGAGGAAGCUACAUCAAAUGUCCCUCGACUAGUAUGUUUUACAGAUUUUGUCUACUCGUUUUUUUUGUUUGAAAUGUUUUGCAUAUACAACGACAUUGUGGUGCUAUUGAGGAAACAAAUGCAGCCGACGAUGCAUUCACUCGCAGGAAUGUUUUAAAGACAAGUGUUGAUGAACCGCUGUCUGUAUCCAGUUCUUCCAAAGUCUGUACCGACCACGUAGAACAUUAAAGACUCUUUAAGACGGUUGAUUCCUCAGUGUUAGCUACCUCGUCACCGAAACUGAGAAACCACUACAUGUAAAUCUUCUUUCACAGGUGCUGAUUUUUGUAAGUAGUGUGAUUCCUUGUGCACUUCACCCGGGCUGCACGGUACAGGGCAGGGUGUGGGGAUACCAAUAAAGAUCUUUCCGUCUACGAUGGCUAGGCCAAUGAGGUGUCGCGUGAGUGGUGUGUGGUGAUUUGUAAAAAAAAAAAAUUAUAUUUACCCCUUCGAUUUCAAUAUCGUACAGUAAAAGGUAGCAGAUAAUAUUAUAUUCGUUAUGCAUGCCAGUUCCCCCUUUUUCAGUAUCCUGGACUUGUAUGCUCUUGAAAUCCUUUUUAUAACCAGUUUUAUAGGAUAAGGUGGCUGUGAGUGCCUGUUUGCUUUGUAUUUCCUGCUAUGCAUCAAAUUAAACAAACUGCUUGUUCAUCCCC